GGAGUUGGUAGGGGGUGCAUUUUCAUUGCAGAAAAUCCAAUGACUUCCUCAUAAGACAUAUAAAAGAAGUGCCUUUGUGGAUGUGCCUACUGAUCAAAGAUAAUAAAGUGCCUUCUAGGAUUCACAGUGGAGACAUAAGACAAAGUGAUGGUGGGUAAACAUAAUAAACUAUCUUCUUGGAGAGAGAGAAGCUGGUGAAGAGCCCUCUGGAGCCCCAGUGGAAAACGUGAAAGGCGCCAUAUUGGAUUUGUUGCUAAAAGCUAAAUGGCCUCCGGUGAAUGAUGAUUUGACAUUUGUUAGCAUUCAACGAGGUGUGUGACCUCGUGAGCGGGUCACGCCGCACGGUCGACGUCAGCCCGGAUCCCCGCCCUGUCCGGGGGCCGGUUGGGGGGCAGCGAUUGCCUCGGAUCGAGUCGCUAUAAAGCGUGCUCGGCUCCGGGGGAGGAAGUGCACGUUGAAGGAGCUUGUUUCCCUGCUUUUUUUGACCGCACAUCGGGGAGAGCGAGAGCGAGAAAGACAACAAUGAGCGGGGACAACGUGCAGAAGAAGCCGGUACACCUCAUAGCGGCGGCCUGCAGCGGAGGGGGCAUCGGGAAGGACGGACAAAUGCCCUGGGACCUCCCAUCUGAAUUCCGGUACUUUAGGAACCAUGUACAGGGGGUGUCGAGACCAGCGAAGAUGAACAUGAUGGUUUGGGGAAAACUGUGCUGGUACUCUGUCCCAAAACCUGAUUUCCCACUGCCCAAUGUUCUGCACGUGGUGCUGAGCAAAACACUAGAGUCAGUUCCAGAUCACGCCCAUUUCUUGUGCGAGGACUUGGACGCCACUGUCCGUCUGGCUGUGCAGCCCCCCCUCGCCGACUUGAUUGAGACCAUCUGGGUCGUCGGAGAGACGCAAGUCUAUGAGGUUGCGCUGAAGCACCCGUGUUGUGACUUGGUUUACCUGACGGACGUCAUGACGGACUUUGACUGCAACGUUUUCUUCCCCGAGUUUGACAGAGGACUCUUCAAAGUACAGGAAGGAUUUCCUGGCGUGCCGAGUGAAAUCCAAGAAGAAAACGGCAUUAAAUACAAAUUCCAAGUAUUCAAGAAAGAGACCAGUGAUGCGGUGUAAAAACUAACCGAAAAAAUCACUGGAAGAAAACCACUCAAUAUGUAUUGCAGGAUCAACUCCUGGAUAGACAAGCUGCCAAAACC